AUGCUUCCCCUCGCCCGCACGGCAACGCCCCCACGUCCAGGGACACACGAGAAGUCACGUAGCAUCGACCAACACCCCUCCUUCAAACCAUGCCAUCAUGUUCCUUCCCCAAGUCGGGCCCGUCGAGUCGCAUCUUCUUUCGCUCGCUAUCUCUCGUUGAUGCUCGUCGCGCUCGUCGUGUUUGGCAUGACGAUCGUGGUGCUCGAUUACGUGUUACAGCUCGAUGCGAGGCCGUACACGGUCGCGGGUCGGUUGAACACGGAUUGGUCGAGACACAUCUAUGCUCCUUCAAUCACACGGUCGCAGGUGACAUUCUCGAACGUAUGGCCCUUGGAACCGAUGCAGGCGUGGGAUACGAUCGAACGAGUUCACACCCCCGACGGUCGGCCUCGCGCUUCACUCGACGCCAACGGCCGGAUGUUCUACGUCUACCCCAAUGGAAGCAAAAUUACUCCACUGACGCCUCUCGGCACAGCGGCGGAUGGCGCCUUCAGAAAUCUCAUCUACGACCGUCUCGAAUACAUGACGACGCUCGAAAACUUUCUGCAUCACAAUUUUCCCCAGGAGGAUUCGGACGAGCAAGCGCCCCGUUCGCUCAUCAACGACAUGCGCGUCUUCUUCCCCCUCGUCAAAUCCCCUCUUUACCAAUGGCGAUCUUCUAGACCCAGGAUACCACCCAAGGUGUAUCAGAACGCACCGAUGAGAUCAGAGACACUUCGACCAGACUAUGUGGAUACGAGGGCCGAAUGGCGCGACCUGAUCGGGUGGACGAUGAAGGCCUUCGUCUAUGGUCGAUCCAAGAUGGGGGAGUGGGUCAAGGAAAGGUUCGACCUCAAUGCUGGCACCGAUCAUGGGACUGAACACGAGGCGGAGGACGAUUAUGAAGAACCGAGCAUGGACGAUCUCCCUUACGAGAGGAUGCCGGAACGCGUUGUCCCUGACCCUACACGCAACGUCGUCACGACCUACGAAGCGCUUACCUCUGAUCAGGCCAAGUCGGAUCUAUGGCAGAUCUUGAUCAUCCUUACAUCUGGUGGCGUUUACACGCCGUUCAACUACCGGCCGACCCGCAAAAUCACGGAAUGGGGACUUUGGCCGACUACGGACAAGGCCUGCAUUUCGAGAAGGUGAGAACACCCCCACAUGUCCUGGGGAAUGAUUUGUGGGUGGUACUGAACCACUUUUCGUAUAUAGUGGCACCUCUUGCCAAGAUCCGGGUCUCAUUGCGGCGGUCAGCUUCGUGGCCCAAGACAGAAGCUGGCGAAAGGUGAGCGUGAGGGCCAUUCCUAUUCUUAAGGUCCCCCGCAAUAACCAAAUCUGGCCCUCCUUGUCCAUCUCAGAGAGCAAACAGGCCCAUCAUGCUCACGCCAAACUACCUGGCGGCAAGAAGAGGUCACCCCGUCCUGGUCGACACCGUUCGUCGGGUCCAACUCGCCAUACUCAACAACGAAGGCGGUCCCAAAUCCCCGAUCGCCGUCGCGACUCAUUUCACAGAUGCGAUGAUCAAUUGGAUGUUGGUACGUCAUCGCUUGGCCUGGUCCGAGUUGCUGGGGAUGUCGGAGAAGGGGUGGAGGUACAUUGGGGAGAGGGAGUGGGGGGACGUCAAACUUGUGCCUGUCGACAGAUUUGGUAGAUGA